AUGAAUACUGCUCAAAAACAGGAUUUGUUGAUCUUCAGUGAUCAUUCUGUGAUUUCGAAUCAGAUGUGCAAUGGAAGCACGCAUGAUUUAAUACUUGUCACCCAUUCAGAAGCUACUUCUCCAACCUGGUUAUUGAAUGCAUUAGUGGAGACAAUUGUGUUUGGUGUUCCAUAUUCAUUGAAAGCUGAAGCGAAUUCUAGUCAGCACCAAGUUGGCAAGAGCAGCAGCAGAAAUGUUUCAUUGUGUUCGUUUGUUCACGACUUGAAAUUCGUUGAAAACUCCCUAAUGAAAUUGAAAAUUGAUGUGAACCAAUGUACUUUCAUCGACUGUAUGACAAAUUUCAUUGUUAAUAACAUUGGUAAGUCAAAUGAAGUGACACUGAAAACUUUAGUCGAGAAAUUCCCAACAAACACUAAUGGAACGAUCUUUUUGGAACAACCGGAACUAUUGUUGAGUCUUUUAGAUGAUUUGACAAGUGAUCAAUUACAAAAAAUGUUUAUCAUUCCGCUUAUGAAGAAAUGUGGUCUUUUGAUUAUAGCUUCGAAUACUGGCCUGGUGGCAAUUGAUGAAGAUCACAUCGCCGCAAAAGAAUUAACUGAAUUUAAAAGAUUUUUCAUUUCAAACAUGCAUAAAGCCUUGGUUAUAAUGAACCUGAAACCACUGGAUACAGGAAGAGCAAAAGAUAUCACCGGAACACUACGAAUCACAAGAGGUGGAAAACACAACUCCUACGAUAAAAUUCAUCCGGUUGAAAAUGAAUAUUUAUACUUGACUAAGAGAGACUCAACUAAACUAUUUUACAGAUGA